UCUGUGACUGGUUGCUAUGAGACGCGAUGUGUACAUGUCGCAGCUAAGCAACAUUUGUUCCAUCGAACAAGUUCAUAGAGCGUUUUCAGAAUCGAAAGGUUAACGUAAAACAAUUUGAAAAUAUCGUCUGUAAUGGUGAAACUAAGAGCAAGAUGCCUGGUCGUAGGAGAUGCUGCGGUGGGGAAAACUGCGCUCUCUCACUUGUUCAACAGUGACGGUUCUCUCUUCCAGAAGAACUACAGCAUGACAACUGGAGUGGAGCUGCUGAUGAAAUGUGUGAACAUCCCAGACACCAGUGACAGCGUGGAGCUCUACAUCCUGGACUCUGCAGGGAAGGAGGCGUUAGUGGACGGCUGUGAGAAAAUGUGGGGGGAGCCGUCUCUGCUGUGUCUGGUUUUCGAUCUGACCAACAAGCAGUCGUUCACCAACUGCAGCCGCUGGAUGGAACGAGUCCGAGUCUGUAAUAAAGGUUUUCACAUCCCAGGAGUACUGGUGGGCAACAAGUCCGACCUGACCUCCAGAAGAGAAGUGGAAGCAUCUGCAGCCCAAGAAUGGGCCCAGAACCAGGGGUUGGAGUACUGCGAGACGUCAGCUAAGGAGAUGGAGAACUGUGACGCUCCGCUCCGUGGUUUAGCCCGAGCCUUUCACUCUCUGUACCAUGAACGCCGGGAGGCCAUCCAGAACCUGAGCCUGGGCUAAAAAAAAAAA